CGAGAGCACAGUCUUGUUGAUGCGUAUGGAUCCAAAGUGGCGCAAGUCAUAGGAAUUUUCCGUUGGCGUUGAAGCUCUUUGAGAUGUGCUGCAGGGCAGGGAGACGAGACAGGUGUGCCCACCAUGGCCUUUCGAGUAAAGAAUUUGGGAGCGCCCCAUGCAGAGCACAACGUGGCGCGCCACGGCAGCUCCACAGCACGCCGCUCGGGACUCUCACCUGCCGACAGGGACCCCCGGCGUCUUCCUUUUCCUUCUUCCCUUUCUCUGGGUUGUUUCAGGGCAGAGAGGAGGCAACUGGUUGGCUGCUGCUGAUCCAUGAACGUCCCGGUGGGCUUCCUCGCCAAGCUCUGGAGCCUCGCGUCGUUCCUGCCAUUCUUCCUCCUCCUCCUGCUACUCGGCUCCGCCAAAGCUCUUCUGAUCGGUCCGGUCGUCGUCGCCAUUGUUUUCCUCGGUGAUUCGGCCGUCAUCGUCGGCCUGUGGCCUGCGCAUUUCGUCUGGACGUACUGCUGCGUGCUCACCACGAAGCGAAUCGGGCCGGUUCUGAAGAUCCUUGCCGUGGUAUUCCUGCCACUGCCGUUGCUCCUGUUGCCGGUGCUUGGCAUUGCGGGGAGCCUUCUGGUCGGUAUUGGCUAUGGCGUUUUCGUUCCCCUCAUGGCGACUUUCGAGGCUGUUGGCGAGGGCGUCGCGGACAAGCUCUCUCAUUGCUUUUUGGAUGGUACUGCUAGCACAAUAAGGGGAGCUUGUGUGGUGGUGCGUGAUGUUACCGACUUCUGCUUCCACUCCUACUUCUCCUUCAUGGACGAGCUUUCCGAGAAAAUGGGGGAUGACGAAGAACCUAUUGACAUCAAGUUGUCUUAUCUACCGCGGAGCUUCCUUGUUGCGCUGGUUGCCGUUCCUCUGGAUGUAUUGAUGAUUACUGGGGUGGCAUUGUGGAAAAGCCCCUGCAUGUUGUUGAAAGGAUGGCAAAGACUCUGCGAGGAUCUAGUUGGGAGGGAAGGGCCUUUUCUAGAGACUGUUUGUGUCCCUUUCGCUGGUUUGGCCAUUGUAUUGUGGCCACUUGCCGUCAUCGCGGGAGUGAUCGCAUCAUUUCUUAGCAGCUUCUUUUUUGGCCUCCAUGCUGGAUUGGUUGCUUAUCAGGAGGCUUCAUUUCAAAUGGGACUAUCAUACAUGAUCUCUGCAGUAGCAUUGUAUGAUGAAUACACAAAUGAUCUUCUUUAUUUGAGAGAAGGUUCUUGUUUGCCAAGGCCCAAGUACCGGAAAGCGGGUUCUGCGAAGCAUGAGACCGGUCGGGACAAAGAUGAGCACAACGUUACAGCUGCAUGUGCAGAGAAGCAACAUCAAGGCCAGCGGAAGCAUAGGAGGGUUCUACACCGGUCAAAGACAUUCAUGGAAACUAUCCAACGACUAAGACCUAUUCAAAUAUGGGAUUGGCUCUUCCGAUCUUGCGAGAUAAAUGGAAGGAUACUACUGGGCGAGGGACUGAUUAGUUCUGAAGAUAUAGAGGAAUUUAUAACCAAAGGAAAGGGGAAGAAGUUGAGCAUAAAACUACCUGCCUGGUGCAUUCUUCACUGUCUGAUACGAUCCGCGAAACACGACUCGCACGGUUUGCUCAUAUCUGAUGAUGUUGAGGUGACCAACUUCAAUUGGCCAAAGGACAAAGUGUUCGACUGGAUGCUCGGACCACUGCUGGUUCUGAAGGAGCAGAUGAAGAAACUGGAGCUCACCGAAGACGAGGAGCUGUGCUUGCAGAAACUCGUCAUGACGAACGCGAACGAGAAACCGUCGGAUUGGGAUGACUGCGGUUUCCCGUCAAGCGACGGCGUGAAGAGAGCUCAGCUACAGGCGAUCAUCAGAAGGUUGCAAGGGAUCGUCGCCAAUAUGUCCCGGAUACCGAGCUUCAGGAGACGGUUCAUGAGUCUGGCCAGGGCGUUGUACCUGGAGGCGAUCGACGCAGGCACCAUUGACGGGUCGCGGAAGGUAGAGCGCAAGGUCAAGGCUGAUAUCGCCUCCGAGAAACUUCAGAGCAGAGAUGUCGGAGAUACGAAGGGUUCAUCAAAUGGGACGUCUGUGGACGUUGACAUGGUUUGAUGAUGCUGUGCUGUGCAAACAUAUUUUUUGCAGAACUCUCUACCUGCUGGGACUUGCAUUAGUUGUUUUAGACGUUAGUGUAUGUCUCUGCUGUCUAAUGCACGGAAACACUGAACGCGUGGAGAAUGCUGGUCGCUGGAUGGCUGUACCUGCUGAGUCUGAUUGCUCUGUUUUUCUUUUCUACCUGCGGGUUCAGAGUAGAAAUUGUAAGUUGAGAAGUCUGAUUGCUCUGUUUUCUUUUCUACCUGCGGGUUCAGAGUAGAAAUUGUAAGUUGAGAGUGAAUGUGCCUUCGUCAUUGGGUACGAAAUCGAAGAUUGUUUCAUGGUAUCAGGGCCGGUCCUGAGAUUCGAAACUAAAA